CUUCUCCAGAGUUUGUUGAUUUGGAGGUGCUUUGAACUGUAUUAUUAGCUUGUAUACCAUUACCUUUGCCAAAGCGACUAUUGUCCUGUGACAACCAGAGCUGUCUUCCAUUGUUAGCUGUUCCUGUUCCUUCUCAUUGAGCUGUAAAGGUAAGAGACGCUGCUUCUCUAUGUGUAUGCAGUGAGUCGACGUCGGCUACAUCCUCGCUUUCGAUAGAAAUGAUAUUGAGUGCUUGAGCACAUAUAACAGAAGGUUAACUGACAUACUCUUGGGAAAGACUGCUCGAUACUCUUACUAUCGUCAAGAUGUACGACCACGACGAUCCGAACAACCCUUCCCAUCAGCCGGUUCUGGAUAGCCCAUCGGCAGACAGACCGCCCCAAUUCAAUUGGAGGAAUUGUGGCUAUGACUGCGGAGAAGGGUGCGAGAAGGCCAGCGACGACGAAGGCGGUGGCGGAGUGAGCGACGAUGAGACAGCCGUUGAUGCGGACGAAGAACCGUACUUGAUAACCGCAUCGCAAGAUGAGGAGAUCAGAGCUUUCCAAGAUGCAGACGAUGCCACGACACAUUCAUCAGACCUAGACCCCACGGACAUCGUCCAAGACUGUGCCGCCAUGUCAGACAGCAUGGUCGUCGAACCGUGUGCCACAAUCGAUCAUAGUCCAGUAGCAUCUGCCGGCGGCAGCGCUCGCAGCCGAUCACCCGACCCGGGUGUUCUUUAUUGGGUUGCCCACAGCAUGCCAGUUGCCACACAAUUGCCUAUUGAGUACUUUUUUCUGCAGACGCCGUUGCGUCUCAGCCCCCAGUACGAGCACUGCCGCGGAGACCCAGCGUCGCACCUUGUCGUGCCGGAUCGCUCGCCCCUCUGGUAUCUGAUGGAACGGUCUUGGAGCGGGUAUGCGCCGGCUUAUGGAUACAUCUCGCCGCCAUAGUUUGGGGGUAGUAUGAUUUUGUUAGAAGGCUUUUGUCGUUUGUCGGUAGGUGGUAGAUGGUUGCCCAGGUGGCGUUUAGGCGCGCUCUUUUUCGGGAUGAACAUUUACAUUCUUUCGAUAUUCGGGACGGACACUCAGAAUAUCUUUCAAUAUUGUGUAGCGAGCGCAGCCUUUAAGUAUCUCUUGUGGCGUAUGGCAGACUUAUGUUUGUGGAUGUAUUCGAUAGUUGCAUAAAGUGGAAAAAAAGAGCGGUCGUGAGGACUCAGCCAGAUGCCUGGUCAAUGUGAAGAGGAAAGCGAUAUAGGCGUAGCGGAGUGAAACAAAGCAGAUACGGGCUAGGCUAGGAACACUCUCACUAAGUGGAGGUAUGGUAGAAUUAUCUAAUUUUGGCUACAAUAACCGUCGUUCAUGCUGCA